CAAAGACCAUUUGUAGCUCUGCUUGCAUUUCUGUCUGUUUGUAAACCUGUCUGUCUACAGUAUCUGCCAUCAUGUUGGCACAAGCCAUCCUGAAGACCUCGCUGGUGCUGUGGCUAGUACAGAACACCAUACAAGGAGGAGUUAGACCACAGACUGGAGCCUUGGGAAGGUUGGGGCAAAGUCGAGCGGCUGGUAUUCUUGGAGCCCGUGCAUACGGGGUGGGCAAGCCAGGAAAGACAGCUGCAGCUGGCCGUUAUCUUGGAGUGGGAGACUACAGACCCACUGGGAUUACAGGAGGACUGAAACAAGGAUAUGGAGCACUCGGUUAUGGAGCAGGCAACUUUGGAACUGGUCUUGGAGCAAGCCAUGCGGGAGCAGGACAGGGAUUUGGAAGAGGGUAUGGCCUGGGCAAUGGGCUGGGAGCUGCAUUGGGUUAUCAAGGUGGAAGAGGAUAUACCGGUAAUGGCUAUGGAGCCCCACUAGGUUAUGGUGUAGGAGGAUACCAUGGCGCUGGACGCGGAUACGGUGCACCAGCUGGAACGCCCACAGGGCAAAGGCCUAAACCAUCAAAACUUGUUGGUGUGUCUAAAUUUACUGGUGUUGGUCCCAGAGUAGGUCAAUCCAUGUCACAGACAGAAAGGGGCAAGGGGUACGGCCAUGGUGCAGCUGGCUAUCUUGGAACUGGUCUUCCUGAUGGAUAUGGAGCAGCAGGUCUUGCCGCAGGUGGAUAUCCACAGGGAGUGCGAGGAGGAAAGCAGAUUGGCUAUGGUAAUGGAUUUGGCAGUGAAAUGUAUGGUGCUGCAGAUGGAUACGGGGCAGGUCUCGGAGCAGCCGGUCUCGGACAUGCUGGCCUUGGAGCUGCUGGUCUUGGGGCAGCAGGCUUUGGAGGUCAAGGUCUGUUGGCAAACGGUGGUUUGGGUGCUGAUGCCAAGUCUAGGAAGUAUGGGGCAGGUGAGGUACUUGGGGCUGCGGGAUCUUUGCCCUAUGGAGGCCAGCCUGUGGUUUCAGCUGGGCUUGGGCCUCAAGGCAAGACUGGUAACUAUGGUGGAACUACAUUCGGAGAAAUUCCAACCCUCGGGCCUGACACUGGCCUGGGUGGGGCAGGAGCACUGGAUACUUUAGUAGCUGGAGGUGGUGUAGGUCAGCUUCCUUACCGUGCACCUGUCAUUGCAGCUGGGCUUGAUGGUGAUGCUGGCUACCCGUAUGGUGCUGAACAACUCAGUUUGGGUGCUGAUGUUGCAAAGACUGCCGCCAAGUUUGGAGGUGCUGGAGGUUAUGGAGCUGCGGCAGGUUAUGGAGCUGCGCUAAGUACCGGAAGCCAGGGUGCCUAUGCUGGACAGAAGGAUGGUAGCAAGUCAACCCUUAGUGGUGUAUAUGGGAAUGGGUACAGAGGUUGAUUCCUGAGGGCAGACUGUUAUCAUCUGCAGUGUUUUUUUGCUCCUCACCAUUGUGCAGUUUGUGACAUAGUGUUUUAAGGCAUGUUAUUUUAGCUUUACCAAUGCCCAUUUAUGCGGGCAUGUGUGUUUUGUGUUUGUAUGUGUGGUGUUUAGAAUUGUGGUCCUAUCGCAUUUGUGUCUGUUACCCUAAAGUCUUUAUUGUUAAUGUGUCUUGUGUUGAGUUUUUGUCCCAUCUGCCUCUGUAUCUAACUAAAACGUGCUAAGCAUU